AUGCGCUGUCGGUGCUCAAGACGAGCCUGCAGUUGCCGCCGCAAGCUGGGCGGCCUGGCGCUGACCGAUGCCGACUACGGCUGGAUCACCUUCGCCUUCACGGCCGCCUACGCCGCCUUCCCGCCGCUGAUCGGCACCGCCAUCGACCGCUUACGGCGUCAAGCGCAGCCUGGCCGUGGCGUUGCUGCUGUGGUCCGCCGCCGCCGCGGCGCAUGGCCUGGUGGCCUCGGUCCUCGGCCUGGUGCUCGUGCGCUUCCUGCUGGGCAUGGCCGAGGCCGCGCACUUCCCCGCGGCGAUCAAGGCCGUGGCGAUGUGGUUCCCGCAGCAGGAGCGAGCCCUGGCCACGGGCGUGUUCAAUGCGGGGACCGCGUUGGGCGUCAUCGCCUCACCGCUGACGGUGUGGCUGGCGCUGAGCUUCGGCUGGCCCUUCGCCUUCAUGGCCAUCGGCGCGGCGGGGCUGGUCUGGCUGCUGUUCUGGCAGAAGGGCUUUCACGCGCCGGAGCGGCACCCGCGGGUGACGGCGGCCGAGCUCGCCCACAUCCGCGCCGGCCAGCCGCCGCAGGAAGCCGCCCUGCACCUGCCCUGGACGGCGCUGCUGCGCUUCAAGGCGAUCUGGCCCUUCCUGAUCGGCCAAGAUGCUGA